AUGUCCUCCGCAUCUACACCGCGCUCGACGCGCUCCGCGUCGCCAGCGAACAAUUCCCCUAACAUGCUUACACCCGGCCAAAAGAUCAAGGCCAUGAUGGCGGAAUUCGAUAGUGAUAGCGAGAGCGACCCCCAAGCCACGAAAAAGAAAUCUACAAUGCCGAAGCUGGACUUCGGUCGCAAUAAGACAUCGACUACUACUGAAACGCGCCAACCUCAAUCUAAUAACGAUAGCUCGGACGACUCGGACACUGCGGAUGAUAUUGUUCGACCUCAGGGUCGAAUGGCUGCUCGAAUGCAAGGUGCCACCAACGAGAGCAGUGAACAAGGGUCUGCUUUCUCUCGCCUGUCGAAUGCACUCCGAUCCGAGAGAGAACAAGUCCAGAAGCCACGCGAUAAGAGCGCCGCGUCGGUCCACGAGUCAAGCGAUGAUGACCUACCAGUAACUGGCCGUGCCGACUCGCCAUUAUUUGUUUCCUCGCCUGCAGCUACCAGGCCGCAAUCCGAAGCCCGCAGCGACAAAGCAUCCGGAAGUGACAGUGAAGCACCUAGCAAGGCAAAGAACGCCAGAUUUCUUGAACUUAUCGCACAAAAACGCAAAGAGCGCGAAGAGCGGGAGCGAGUCGAGGCUGAAGAAAAGGCCGCCCGACGAGCGAAAAUGGCGCAAUUCAGCUCUGAUAUUCUAUCUGGGGAGGAGAGUGAAGCUGAUGAUCCGGGUUCUGCGCAUAAGUUAUCUCAGAAAGCUCGUCAGCCACGCAAGGCCAGCAAGAAGGCCCUGGAAGAGAUGAGCAGAGAGACUCAGCGCAUGAGCCGGAAUAUGCAGCUUGCCCACCAAGCCCAGACCAAGAAAAAGAUUACGAAAGAAAGCCUCUUUGCUCGAUUCAACUUUAUGCAACCCGAUCCCCCUCCAGCCGAACCCGCAGCGGCGAACUCGUCUUCCGCAGCUGGCUCACAAAACUCCUCCGAUAUCGAGGGACAGAAGCAUGAGACACCUCGUACCUCCCCUGUCCUUGGUCCUGCUGAUGGAGAGAAGCCCGCCGCUACCGACAUUCCAGGUGAAGGCCAGCCAGAAGCAGUUCAAGAGCAGGCCGAUGUCGAGAUGACCGAUCUGCCCACCCUUGAGGAGGCCAUUGCCGACACCCCAAUUGAACCAAAGAACACAGAUUCCCUCGUUGCGCCUGUACCUGAAGUCACCGCGAAGUCACCCGGAAGCAUCGUUCAACCCAAGGAAGCAAUUCGAAAAAUCGCCCCGCCCUCUGUCCGUGUCCUCAUGUCCCGGCAAGAGGUCGCCCAACAUCAAAACGAUGGGUCAGACAGUGAUGAAUUGGAGGUUAUUACGUCUCCGGCCAAAUGCCGUCGAAUCGCCGCCUUUGAGAAUCUGCCCUCCCGCCAGAUGCAGGAAUCUUCCUCCAUGACCAAGCUUAAAGCUCUGGCGCAUCUCACUUCUCCCAACCGUAAGAUGAGUUCGAUGAGCUCCGCCGAACUCUCUGCCAGCCUUCUUUACAAGGCGCGUCAACAAGCCGCCAAAGACAGACGCGAGCGUAUUGAAGAGCUCAGGGCAAAGGGUGUUGUCAUUGAGACUGCCGAGGAGCGUGCCGCCAUGGAAGAUAAUGUUGAAGAUCUGGUUGAGAAAGCGCGCCAAGAAGCCGAUGAGAUCGCCCGCGAGGAGCGUGCGGCCAGGAGGAAGGCGAAGGGCCUUGAUGCCGAUGACGACGAGGAAGACGAUGAUGACUAUGCUUUCUCUGGAUCUGAUGACGAUGCAUCUGGCGAGGACGAAGAGGAGGAUGAAGAGGAGGGUGCAAAGGGCGAAAUGAGCAUGUUCGAACGAGAGGCGGAUGAAGCAAAUGAAUCUUCUGGAGAUGAAUCAGAGGCGGCCGUCUCAGAGCCUGAAAUCGAAGCCUCCGGAUCCAGGAGAAAACGCCGCACCCGCGUCGUUAGUGAUGACGAGGAUGAGGAAGAAAACGAACAACAGAUUCCUUCUACGCCUGUCCGACAUCCAUCUCAUGUUCCGCAGUCGGUUGAACGACCCAAGUUCCCCGGAAUGGAGACCCCGAACAUGUCCAUGGGUCUUACUCAGGCCUUUGCGGGCACUCUUGCUGACGAAAACGCCAGCCAGCCAGGAACGGGCACUAUUCCUUUCUCUCUCCCUGAUCCUGGUAGACCAGUUCCCAGACUUCAUGCUGAGGAAUCUGAGAUUCUUGUUAAGGACAGCCAGGAGCAGAACGAGACUGAUUUCAUGCCCGCCUAUAAUACAAAUGUCAACAGGGUAUCAGAAUCUCCUGCAGGACAUGGUUUCUCUGAAUUCUCGCAGAUUCCGGAUCCGACGCAGGAUGAGGGCUUUGUCUUCUCGCCAUUCGACCCUUCCAAGCGCUUCAGAGAAACGCCGCCGGUCUCAACCAUAGACACCGUCAUUGUUGGCCAAAGCCAGUCACCUGUGGCUGAGCGCAAAGGACGAAAAAUCCGACGAGGACGUGCUGCCAAUUUGUCCGCUGUCGAGGAGCAAAAUGAAGACGAGGGUGAAUUUGAGAUCAACGCCAACGCUUUCAACGUCAUGAAGAAGGCGGCUAAGAAGACAACAACGCCCUAUGACAAGAAGAACAGUAAGGCAAAGGGUGUGGUUGACGAAGCCGCUGAGGAAUCCGAAGAUGAAUAUGCUGGUAUUGGAGGUGCUAGUGAUGACAGCGAUGGAGAAGAGGAUGUCCGCGAUCUGAAUAUGAUCAAUGACAACAGUGGCGAAGUGGUGGAUGAGAAAGAGCUUGCCGCUCUGAAUGCUUCCCAUCAACGAAACCGUGACGAGAAGGAUGUCGCGAAGUUGCUCAAGGAUAUCACCACUGGAGCUCUGCGUCGUCGUCGCGGCGGUGACGAUGACCUUGACCUCGACGAUUCGGACGAUGAGCGCGUUGCACGUCGACGCGAAAAGCAGCGCGAGUUCGCAAAGAUGCGCAGAGCUCUGCUUGCCGACGACAAGGUUGGAGCUCUCGCUGAGAAUCCCAAGAAGGCUGCCUUUUUCAAGGCUAUUGAGGACCGCGAAGAUCAGGACGACUUUGAGCUAGAGUUCUUGGAAGAGAAGGAGAGUGCGUCGCAGGGCGAAUCCUCUCAAGAUGUUGCCGCCGAUCAACAGGGCGACGCUGGAGAUGAUAGCAAGAAGCGCAAGCGACCCCUUGAACCUUCUACUGAAGAUGCCACCAAUCGACCUCCUCCUCAUCUCCGUCGAACCGCUGCUAGCGCGAUGUCGAAGAAGCCCGCUACCCUGGCCGAGGUCCGCGAGACUCUAUCCUUCCUCACCGAGACUCAUGAAUAUGACUCCUUCCACGAGGAUGCCUCCAUCGACGGAGACGAGGAUGCCGACGAAGAAGCCGACACUAACACCUCUGGCAACGACGAAGCCUACUCCGAAGACGCCCAAUCCCAACCCAAAGAGACCUUCGCCAAACCCAGUCACCCGCGCCGCACCCGCGGAACAGUCAUCGACCGACUUGCCCUCCUGCGCCAGGCAUCUUCCAACUCCGCAACCACAACCGCAUCUGGCUCCGCAAACAACAAAAUGGCCUUCCACAGCGGCGGGAACUCAGACGGACCCAUCGGGUUCCGGCCUCCACAACUCCUGCGCCGUGUCACUUCCGGCUCAUCCUCCAGCAACUCAACUACUUCCAGCUCAUCGAGCAGAAUUCCCACCGCUGCGUCAGGACCUAAGAAGGGAGGUGCAGUCAACUCCUACACUGCUGCACGCGAGCAGGAGCGUGAGAGACAAUUGCGCUCCAAGCAACGCAAUGGCGGAUCUAAUAUUGCUAAGCUGCUGAGCAAACAUGCUGGCGGUGGACUGGGUUCGUUGGCUGGCAAGGGUCAAUGGGAUUGA